CGUGUGUGUUUUUAGUUACAGAAUUUAAAAGUGGAUUUCUCGGGGUUCUCUGCUUUUUACACGAGAGGAAAUACUAUCAGCAAUUUAAUACAUCUAAUAAUCCCAUACUGUUAGUAUUUCUUAUUAUCUAGGUGAAUAUAGGGAGUCUAAGCAUGUCUGGGGCUGAGCAGCUGUACACCUGUGAAGAUCCGGCAGUGUGGACGCGUAUUUACGGCAAAUACUGGACUGUGGUGGAAGCAAAGUCUGCUGGAAAAGGGAAACGUUCGGGGAAGCUGUUGGCUUUAGACAAAUGGUAUCAGGAGGAGCUGCCAGCGAUUAUUUCAGAUCGGACAGAGCCUUUUCUGACACACCCAGAACUGGUUAAACUCAUGGAAUGGAAACUCACUAGGGGGAAGUUCCGGCCACGCUUGCAGCAACUGGCCGCCUCCAACAGUGAGGAGGUGGUGCUUAGCUGCACCAAGAAGGCUUUCAAUCUCCUUCCCAAUGUCCAAUCAGCAAUCACAGAACUGAGCACGCUCAAAGGGCUUGGACCAGCUACAGCAUCAGCGGUAUUGGCAGCAGGUGCCCCUAGUGAAGCUGCAUUCAUGGCUGAUGAGGCAGUGGAGAGCAUUCGAGAUCUGAGGCCGGUACAAUACACAGCCAAGCACUACUCGCUCUUCUUACAGAAAAUGCUGCACAAAGCCCAACAGCUUAGCAAAGUGGACAGUAAACAGGAUUGGACGCCUCAUAAGGUGGAGCUGUGCUUAUGGGCGUGGGCUGUAGCUAAACAGAUUCAGCCCUCACUGUUGGAGGAGAUUCCACAGAAUGAUGCCACACACAGUGAGACCAAAGGAAUGCAGGAAGAGCGAAAGGUGACCAAGGAGAGGCCAUCUAAGAGAAGGAAGAUGGAGUAGCCUAAGAAGAUGACUUGUGAGCAAAGGUUUUGAUGUUAGACUGUUUUAUAAACAAAUUUGUUUGUUAACCAGGUAAAAAAAAGAAAUAAUAGUGUAUUUUACCAGCAUCAUUACAUGUGAAACAAGGUGUUUAGAUUCACACAUUUUUUCUGAAUCAGAAUUUAAAUUUCUGAUCAGACUGCUCUAAAUGACUCAAAAAUGAUUUGAACAGACACCAUUUUCAAAAACUCAGGCACUUGUUUUCUGUUGAACAUUCUAUUUUCUAUUCUAAAAUGUUCACUUUGUAUAAUAAAAGGCACUGAAAAAUAGAUGUUUAUAUUAAGUUUUUGGCAGAACUUUGACCACCAGUACAGGUCAGUUUGAACAUCCUCUUGUGUUAUAUAAUAGUUAAGUUAAUGCCAAUGUGACGUUUAUAUUAAAGCUGAUUUUUUCAUAAAGAAACUGA